AUGACACAAAACUCUGAAAAAAUAAUUCGAUAUCUGCGAUCUGAUGCAACUCCUUUAUCAGAUGAUAAUAUACAAGAUAUCAUUAAUGCCAGAAAUUUGAUGAAACGUGCAUCAGAAGCUAUGGCUAUCAAAUAUAAAAUAUCAACAAGGCGUGUAUAUCAAAUAUGGAGGGAAAAUCAUCCUCCAAUAGAUCCUAGGGAAAUGAUGUUGCAAUCAAAUAUUGGCGGAGACAAUACGAUUAAUAAAACCGAUAUGAGCAUGAAAACUCGAUCCAUAAAUCACAUUACACAUUUUGUAGAAACUCCUAUCGUUACUUUGGAUAUACAGAUAAAGAGGAAAAAACCGAGAUCUAAGACUAAUCGAAUUUUUGACCCAUCUAAUACUGCUGAAAUUAUAACAAAAAAAGAUGACCUAUACACUUUAAUCGAACGUAAUCGUAAAGAAACAGAAGAAGCUGAACGUGAAUCAGAAAGGAUUUUAGCCAUAAA